CCCCCCCCCCUUCCUUACAUGUGUGUAACUGAAAUUUUCUAAUCGUUUAAAAGACUCCAUACUAUCUUGAUCCAAAGAAAGAGGACCAAAUGUGUAUUAACACAUUUUUUCAGCUGAUCUUUGACAGGCAAACAAGGUUCCCAGCUCUAUCAAUCAAAAUGUGGAUUGAAACAUGCCUCUUAUUGUAUUGAAUUCGUUGAUCGUCUCUGUUGGACUUAGUUCCAGUGCAAGCCCCUUUGUCUAAUGUUAAGCAAUUCUGAAGGUUUUUAAACAGAUACAUUUUGAGUUUGUUGUUGGUAUCUCCUAUCUGAUUUGGGAGACUUUAAUCCGGGGAACAUAAAGAGACACAAUCCGAUCGCCGACAAUACCGUGUCCUUUAUAUUGUCACACAAUGCCUGCCCUUCUCCACACCCUCAUAUUGAAGUUAGAAUUUAAAUUUUUUUUUUAAAAUAGGCUGUAAUGAUGUGAAGAUGAUAAGAAGUGUUACAUACAAACACUGCCUUCCUCUAUUAUUCUUCUCCUAAGGGUUCCCCUAGGGGUAAAACCUCAUCUCUAGAACAGUUAGAGUAAACAAUCCUACCCAAGUGAGCGCUUAAAUAAUGGAAAGUUAGGAGACUGCAUCGUUUCUGAUGGUGAUAAUUCUCCUCUGAUCUAUCUAGUCUACUUAAUAUACAUCUAUAAAUGGAUCCUUAAUGAACUCACCUUUAGUGUCCUUCCGAUUCGUCGACAGUUGCCAUUAUUUUAGACCAGUCAAGCGACGGUUAGUGAUUGAGUGUUAAUAUAGCUUUGUCAUUAGCUGGUCAUUAAGGUGCUGCUGUUGCCAUUGGCCUUCAAAUUGUUAUCCUAAGUAUAGGGAUCUUAUACUGUUUGCUCGGAUGUUAAGGUGUGUCAAUCAAAUGAGAUUUUAGAAAAAAGUUAGUAGUGAUUAGAAAUGGUUAUUGGAGAAAAAAUUCAUUUUAAGCCGCUGAAAAACGUUACAGUGCAUGGAUACGGUAUACGACCUGAAAAACAAAUUCGGAGAAAGCCUCUUCCAAAUGGAUUUUGUUAUGUCUGCAGUCGUCUUGACCCAGAGGGAAAGUAUAAAACCCCUCAUGGCUACCUCUUCAGUAAGGGAUUUUUCUCUCAAUGUGAGCACAUGCCCAAAACACCAUUUCCCACGGUCAUCAUUGACGACGGUAAAGGACCAUCGCCGACCAACUCGGAACCGAUACAACCCAUGGGCGGACUCCGAGUCAAGAUAACCCGUAGAGCCAGGUCGCCCCCGUCUAAGUAUGGGAAGAAAUAUUUCGAUAAGUCCGUGCUUGAUGGCGUCCGUUACAACGAUGACUUGUACGACAACUCCCGAUACAGUGUCCCAGCAGCUUUCGAAAACGUGUCCGGUGAAAAUGGAAAGAGGAUUCCUGAAGUCGGGGAAUUGUCGUGGAUGGAAAGCGACAGUGCCUCAGAUCACGAGGAAAUUAUUGUGAAUUAUAUUGAUGACUGGAACAAGGAAGACCAAACCCAGUAUGACAUUCAACCUUCACCAGACCGCGAGGUCUUAUUGCCACCAAUUGGUGGAAGUCAAAAAUCGAAAUCAGGGUUUAGCAAGUCCUCUGAUUUAAGUAUUCCGGAGCCAAAACAUUCCGAUAAAUUGCCUUCGAUACAUGGGAGCAUUGAACGCAUUAAUGCAUCAAGAGAACGACUCGAGAAAAAAUCGGGAAAAAGGAAAUCUCGAAGAUCUUCAGAUUCCUCUCAAAAACUCGACGACGCCGACAUGAUAUACCCGAGAGAUGAUGAACUUGGCCACGUAAAGUAUCACCAUCGAGGUAUGUACGACUCGGUUCCGAGUGGCGGAUUCGAUAUUCCAUCAUCCCAGAGCAGAAACAAUACGAACAAAUCGUUCACAGAGAAUUCUUCUCUACGCGACCACGAGAAAAGUAAAUCGAGAUUAAGCUCUGAUGAUGUAUCGCUCGGGAUACCGGAGACGCCAUCAAUGAUAAUCGCCCGCAUCAACAAUUCUGAUCAUUGGUGUCAAUGUGAAGAUGUCGAUAUGUCCACGAUUAGAUGCUCCGAGUGCCAUAUUGUUGGUGGCCAUGAAAAGUGGUGUAUUCACUCGAGGUCUUCAUCCAAGCAAGGCAUUUGUCCUGAAUGUGGAAAACCUAUCAAAAGAAAAAACAUCCGGGGAUCUAGUUAUAAACACCAGAAAUCAAGACGCGGUUCCAAAGCAAGCAAAUCGGAAGAGUUAGAUGACAAACGAGUUCGUUUUGACGACGAAAAUGAUAAUGAUGAGCAGAGGCGCCUGGAGUUGAUUAGAAAGACUGACGAGGAUUAUAUGGCGGGAGUGGAUGACAUCUUGUACGAUGAGCACAAGUAUGGGCGAAUGUGGACUCCAACGACGGAGGACGAAGAACAAGAAAAACCAAAACGGGUAGACCCCAACAUUCACCGCGAUGCCUAUUUACGCGCUCUCCUUGAGGUGAAAAACAAACAAAUGAAGAAGAUUUCAGAAGUGGACGAACACUUCUUCGCAAGCAGGAUUUGUCGCCCCCAUGUGUUUUCUUACUUUCGUCUUCGGCCGCAACAGGCCAAACACAAUGCAAUGAGUGAGCCAGUCAGCAUUGGUCUGAAACCAGACACUUCUAGAGGUAUUCCACCGAGGAAGGGUAUGAAACACAUUUUUGGAAAAGUGAAAGUUGACGAUUUUUAUCCAGGUGGAAAGAAAAAUCAGAGUUUUAAUAUCUCCAUGAAAAAAGAGGACAAACGUCAAACCAUGCCAAUACAUAGUUUAAGCUACAGCAAAUAGAUAUUAGGAUAUUUCUUUCCCUUCCAUAAGAAACAUUAAAAGCUGAUGCAAAUUGCAAGUCAUAAUACAUUGUAACUUAAUCGACAAAUGUAAAUUAUGAAGAGAAACAAUAAAAAACACAAAAUUAUUUACAUGUC